CGGAGGAGGAGGCGCACGGAGCCGAGCACUGCGAUCAGAUGCUCCCAUCGAGGAGGACACAGAUGGACAGCCUCGUUCAGCCGCUCGUCGCCCAGUACCUCGCCAUGGGCUGUCAGUCGAAAGAGAACCACCAAAACGAAAGUGCGAGUCCGGACGAGAAGGGGAAGGACGAUGCUAGUGCGACUCCAAGAUGCAGCUCCAGGGCUAGAGCUUCUCCACCUGGACUUCCUCACAGGUUCCACAGACCCAGCCCGGCCCAGACGGCCCCGUCCAAAUCCAUGAUGUCCCUGGGUCCCCUCACCAAGGGGGCGAGCUGGGAGGGCAUCAUCCAGGCCUGCCUGCAGUCCUUUGAUUCAAACGGUUGCGUGUGCGGGAGCGGCCACUUGCUGAACAUCACCCUGACCAUGCACCGUCUCCUCAUCUCCUCCAGUGAUCUGCUGGACAAACUCAUUACUCUAUUCAAAACAGCGAUGGACAAUGAGCAGGCAACAGAGUGUCAGAGGAUAUGCUACCUCAUCAGACACUGGAUCCAGGAGUUCUGGAUGAUGUUCCGCUUGCACCACAGCUUGUCCGACAGCAUGGACCAGUUCCGGGGGCUGAUCAGGGAGCAGGGACAGGAGCAUCUCUGCUCUCUCCUAGAAACCAAAUGGAUAAAUGAGCGGGAUUGGUCGUGGAAGGCUAGCCAGAAGAUGAAAGCCAACAGCAGUAAAAAGAGGAAGGUUUCUCUUCUUUUCGAUCACCUGGAGCCGAUCGAGUUGGCCGAGCACCUCACCUUCUUGGAGUUUAAAUCUUUUUGCAGGAUUUCAUUUGUAGACUAUCAGAAUUACAUUCGCAGCUGCUGCAUGAAGGACAUCCCUGUGAUGGAGCGUUCCAUUGCACUGUGUAAUGGUAUCUCCCAGUGGGUUCAGCUGAUGGUGCUGAGCCGACCGACCGCUCAGCUGAGAGCUGAGGUUUUCACCAAGUUUAUCCACGUUGCAAAGAGUCUCCAUCUUAUGCACAACUACAACACAUUAAUGGCAGUGGUGGGGGGCCUUUGUCACAGCUCCAUCUCCAGACUGAAAGACACAACCUCACACGUACCUAGUGAGGUCACAAAGAUGCUGAACGAGAUGACUGACCUGCUGUCCUCAUGCAGAAACUAUGACAACUAUAGACAAGCUUACAGCAGGUGUACAGGUUUUAAAAUCCCAAUCUUGGGCGUCCACCUCAAAGACCUUAUAUCCGUCAAUGAGGCCAUGUCGGACUACGUAGAGGACAACAAGGUCAACGUCCAGAAGCUCCAGGCCAUCUACAGCCACAUCAACGAGCUGAUCCAGCUCCAGCAGAUCCCCCCCAGGCUGGACGCUAACAAGGACCUUGUCCAUCUGUUGACGCUGUCCUUGGACCUUUAUUACACAGAGGAUGAGAUCUACGAAUUGUCUUACACCAGGGAACCCAAGAACUGUAAAGCACCGCCAUCCACCCCCUCAAGACCUCCUGUGGUUGUGGAGUGGGCAUCAGGAGUGGCUCCCAAACCGGACCGCCGAACCAUCAGCAGACAUGUGCAGAGAAUGGUGGACUCUGUGUUUAAGAACUACGAUCACGACGAGAAUGGUUUCAUUUCUCAAGAGGAAUUUGAGAAAAUUGCUGCUAGCUUUCCAUUUUCCUUCUGUGUCAUGGACAAAGAGAAGGAAGGCCUCAUCAGCAGAGAGGAGAUCACAGCCUAUUUCAUGCGGGCAAGUGUCCUCUGCUCCAAACUGGGACUUGGGUUUGUCCACAAAUUCCAGGAGACCACUUACAUGAAGCCCACCUUCUGCGACAACUGCUCAGGAUUUUUGUGGGGUGUCAUCAAGCAAGGCUACAGAUGCAAAGACUGCGGAAUGAACUGCCACAAGCUGUGCAAGGACCAGGUGGCGUUUGAGUGCAAGAAGAACGCCAAAGCGUCCAAUGCCACAGACAGUCCUACACCCAGCUCAACGCCCGUCACCGCAGGCACCUAUGAGGGUUCAGAUGACUGUCCCUUCCCCUAUCCACCUGAUGACAGCAAAGACUGGAGCCCGGACUCCCCAGUAACCUCCACUCUGAGGCCCCGGAAGGUCCACAGUGGCACCCAGACAGAGCCGAUUUUCGCUGCAUCCCCCUCAGCCAGUCGCUCUCAGCCUGCACUGUUAGUCCCAGCAGUGCCCCCCCUCACCUCGUGUCCCAGCCCGGUACCCCAGAGGAAACACUGUGCCAAGUGGGAAAACAGAGCUUCUGUCAUGCAAAAGCCUAAAGAAUCAGAGGAGGAGAGCAAACCUACAUAUGAAUCUCUAGAUUCAGACAACCAGAGGCUGCAGAAAGACAACGAGACACUACGGAGGAAGCUGAAGGAGACCGAGCGGGAGGUGGAGAUCUUAAAGACGCUGCUGAAGAGACACGCUCUCCACCCUGUGGAGGAAGACUCCUCAUCCUAGUCGUGUACAUACAGUUUACUGAGCCUCCUCCAGGGAGACCGCUGCUGCCCCCUUAUGGGGGCAUGCAUUAAAUCUGGAUUCAAUAUUUAACUUGGUGGUCAUUAACAGUGCAAGUAAUUUAUCAGUGUAAAGAAACCUAGACAACCAGGCAUCAGGUGGUAAACAGUGGGAAACAAUGCAAUCAAAAAAUAUAUUUCAAGCAGUAUGUCACCAAUAAUGAGGUUAAGGAUUUUUUUAAGUGUGUAUGCUUAGUGCUGUGAAUACAGUUUAUCAAUUUAAUACGAAAAUAAAACACACACCAAAGUUAUAUUACAGUAUGAUGAUGCUAAAAGGCUGAAGUGUUACAUUUACAGAAGUGAGCAGAAGAGUCCCUUGUACAGUUUUAUAGGAAUUGCUGAGCCCAUAGAGUAGUACCAGUGGGAAUUGAGUUUUCUGUGAAAAGUAUGUGAACAUUGAAUGAAGGAGUGUCGUAUUGGAGUGAAAAUAUAGCUAAAUGUGUUUGAUAAAUUCUUGAUCAAUUAAUGGCCUUAGACAUUUAUGUUGAUCAUAAAAUGGAAAUCAGGGACCGCAGUGAACUGUAUGAAGCGAAAUAUCUAUCAAAAACAAGUUGUGCCAUGUAUGACAGAUGUGUUAUUAUAAUUAUUAUUAUUAUUAGGGAUGUUCCAAUACCAUUUCCUCCCACCCGAUUCCAAAACCAAUACCUGGACUGCAUAUCGGCCGAGACAAGUACCAAUUUGGGGCCGUCUUUGUUGAAUUUAUUACGUCAUUCGAAUGUUUGUUUCUAGAAAUAUCUGCUGCUCUUCUUCCUUUUCCCCCAUUUGCGUUGGUGACCACCUCGUGCUCUUUCUUGGGAUGGUUCUUUGGGACUUUCCAGUGAGAAAUAUUGCCAAAUUGUUGCCAUUUUAGCUAGCUGGCUAGCUGGCUGACGCUACACUACCAGAAAUCACUCCUUUCACCUCAAUAUCAGUAAAGCAUAACCACUGUUUUAAUGUGGUGAAGAAGAAGUGAUUUCCAGGAAAAGAAAGGGAAGUUUUAUCUUCGUGGAACUAAUUUACUUACUUAAAGUCAUGGUAUGGGAUCUGUACAUACAUUUGCGUACUCACUGAUGCCCGAUCUGGCAUUUUCGUCUGUAUCGGAGUAGUUUAUGAUGCUAUUAGAACAUCUAGUAAUAAUAAACUAAUAAGAGCCCAUUGAUGAUAGCAGCAGAAUGAAAUAUCAGCACAGUCAGAACGGCCUCAACAAAACUGAAGUUAGCGCUGCGUUCAUAUUUUUUGUCUCAAACACUACACAAUGGUUCAAAGAGAGAGACAAAUGAACAUUUUGUACAGUGUGCUGGUACUUUUGGUGAAUUGUGUAUGCUUGUGUGUGUGUGUAUGUGUGUGUGUGUUGGCAUCAUAUUGAUACUUUCUAUUUUUAUCGUGCAGCCAUGUCUUUCAAUUACUGAGUGGUCCACUGUAGCAGUGUUGUGCUCUGAAUGGGAGUGGAGAUAGAUGUGUUUGUACUAUGUAUAAUGUUCUGUAUAUAUGCACAGUGUCGUCUUAGUUAUAGGUUCACCCCCCUCAGUAUUGUUAUCUUAUUGUUACAAUAAA